ACCAUGCUGCGCCACGUCAUUAAUGCUGUGUGCGAAACCCACCUGGACAAAAUACCUACAAGCUGAGGUAGUAGUAUACCCACGAUGUCCAUUUAAGCACGGGAGCACCCGCUGCCUAUUGCUGCAGGGCAAUGGCAGUGCCUAGCUCAAUGGUGAGUGCCUUGAUUUGAAAACGAAGAAUUGAAAUGAGCAAUGCUGUGCGACGUCUGCCGUACGGGGCUUCAAAAUAUAUGGGACCCUAGCAAAGGCAAACGGAUUGGGCUACUGCAAGAUUUCCCCAAGAUUCUGCGGUGCCGUUUAGAUCUCGACGAGGAUGACGAAUUGGAUGAUGUCGACGAGUUGCUAAAGGAAGCCGAACUGCAAGAGCCAGAGCGCUAUGUCUUCGGCCACCAUGCGGACUACGACUCACUGGCUCAGUCUAGGCGACAGGGCUGUGUCGCUUGCAAUGAGUUUGAUGAUAACAAUGAUCGCGAUGAUGUAAAUGAACAUCUUGCAAGUUUGGGAUACUAUUCUGUGUUCUGUGUCGACAUGUCUCUUGAGUACUCGGAACAUCCAACAAUGAAUGUCUUCGCGGGCGAAGAAAUGGAGCUUUUCACCCACGAGUUUUGUGUUCAUGACGAAAACGAUCAUCUCAAUUCUAUACUCUCGUCGUCUACCUCGGACCUCCAGACCUGGACUUUAGUUGAGACCUGGCUGGACAAGUGCCUCGAAUCUCACAAGAUAUGCCAGGAGCAGUCACUCACGGGGUUUACACCAACCCGGCUUCUAGAAUUGCGGACGACGGAGACGGAAAAGGAAUUUCGAUUAGUGCACCACAGCGAGCUCGAUCCAGGGGAGCGAUACGUAACCCUAAGCCAUUGCUGGGGACCCGAGCCCCCCUCGAAGAAGCUGCAGCUCUUGACCUCCACCGUCUCCACCCUCCGCGACGGACUCCCCGUCGCCAUUCUUCCCCGGACCUUCCGCGACGCCUUCGAGAUCACCGAGCGCCUGCACGUCCGCUACAUCUGGAUCGACCGCCUUUGCAUCAUCCAAGACUCCGCGGAGGACUGGCGGGCCGAAUCCGCCACGAUGCAAACGGUAUACCGGAACGGAUUCCUCAACAUCGCCGCCCUCGGCGCGGCCAACGACCAGGACGGCUGCUUUUCCGAGCGCGACCCCGCCAAAGUCGGGCCCACGAUCGUGAAUCUAAGCCCGGACCACAGCCUCCCAUCGCACUACCGACACGCCGAGGAGCCGAAAACAUGGGUCAACGACUUCCGCCACGAGCCCCUGAUUACCCGCGCCUGGGUGCUGCAGGAGCGCGUGCUAGCGGCCCGAAACCUCUACUUCGGGCGCAACCAGGUGUUCUGGGAGUGCUGCACGACGACGUGCUGCGAGACGAUCCCGGCGGGGCCGCUGCUAGCCAGCACCAGCCGCACGGACUCGGGGCUCGAUGCGGCGGGCGCCUCGAAGGCGGGGCGGUAUCCGUGGAAGCGCCUCAUCAACGUCACGUUCAGCAGCGUCCGGUCCGACUACGGAUACCUCCACAACCUGCUGUCGGAGUGGGCGGCGGCCGUGGAGGCGUACUGCGCGUGCAGCCUCACGUUCCCGAGCGACAAGCUCGUCGCGCUGUCCGGGCUCGCGGGCCACAUGGGCAAUAUACUGCGAGAGCUGGACCCGGAGUACGACGCGUACCUCGCGGGGAUAUGGCGGCUGACGAUGCCCGAUAGCUUGCUGUGGAAGGUUAAGGGGCCGACUAUGACGAGACCGUCGGGGUAUCGGGCGCCGUCGUGGUCCUGGGCCUCCGUUGACGGGCCCGUCGAGUUUCCCGCCGGGAACAGCAGUAAACUGUGCAAGCUCGUCGAUGUCCUCGGCGUCGAGACAUGUCCGCGAGGUGAAAAUAUGGUGGCCGGGGUCAGCGGGGGCAAGAUCUUGCUCCGAGGACCUACGUGUGUUGCGAAGGGUCUGGAUGUCAAUGUGAAGGAGUUGGCGAACCCUCUCCUCAAUGUCCGUCGCAUCGGCAGCAUUCACCGCCACAGCCGCGAUACACCUAUCAAUGCAAGCAUAACGGGCUGGGUUAAAUUUGACAGUUUGGAUGACGAUCAAUACGAUGAAGUAUUCAUUGUACCGUUCUGGUCCCGAACCAUUCUUCAUCUUGAUAGGAUUGAUUCCGAGGGGUUGGCGCUUGUCCCCGUUGAUGAGUCCCUUUCACAGUAUCGCCGGGUCGGCCAUGUUAAAAUCUACAUUGAUGUGGAUACGGAAGAUGAGGAAGAGGAUGAGAGCGGGAAUGAAGACUCAGACGGAGGGGAAGGCGAGGACGAACAUAAAGAUCUGGAUAGUUAUAAUCCUUUGUUGGAUGCAUGUAUAACGAAGACUAUAGAAAUUAUUUGAGCGAUUAUUUCAAAGGAACUUAGGUAAAUAUGGCACAUAUACUCUGCAUGAGUAUUGGUCACAUUGUAACUUUUCAACAUUCACGGGUAUGCACAAUGCAAUUGUA